CGACGACAAGGACAAACCUCCCUCCCCUCAAUAGUUUGCUCCCAGGCCGCCCUUGUUCUGUGUCCUACAUAACAACCUUCACUAUGGCGCAGUCAUCAGCUUCACCUUCUCUUCCCGAAAACGCUGUCAUGGCCACGCUCACAGUCCUCGACCCAAGCCACAGCUCGAAAAACACUAUGAAAAUCGAAAAUACAGAGAAGCGAGACACAUUGAUCCAGAGCGAGAAAAAAUACCAGCAGCAAUGGCAAGAAGGUGGCGUUUUCCAGCCAGAUGCACCCACCAUCGAUGAAGAGCCUUUCGAAACCACUACCCCCGCACACCUUCACCAGAAAUAUCCCAAAUACUUCGGCAACUUUGCUUACCCCUACAUGAACGGUACCCUUCAUGCCGGCCACGGUUUCACCGCAAGCAAAGUCGAGUUCACUGUAGGCUUUGCGAGGAUGCAAGGCAAGAGAACCUUGUUUCCACUUGGAUACCACGUGACCGGCAUGCCGAUUAAAGCAUGCGCAGACAAACUCGUCAGGGAGAUUGAACAGUUCGGUCCCACGUUUGAGCGCUGCCCCGUCGGCGAUAUCAUUGAAGACGGCGCGACCAAUGGCGCCGUUCCUCCAGCACCGACGCAGUCAGAAGCCAAAACUGACUUGGGCAAAUUUUCCGCGAAGAAGGGCAAAGCCACAGCGAAGACGGUCAAAACCAAAUACCAAUUCCAAAUCAUGCUGGCACAGGGUAUUCCUCUCGAAGAAAUCCAGAAGUUUGCAGACCCCAGCCAUUGGAUACAGUACUUUCCACCGCUAGCGAAGCGUGACUUAACCAACUUCGGAGCGAGAAUCGACUGGAGGCGGCAGUUCGUCACCACUGACGCAAAUCCAUACUACGAUUCAUUCGUCUCAUGGCAGAUGCGCAAACUCAAAGAGAUGGGCAAAAUAAAGUUCGGUAAGAGAUACACCAUCUACAGUCCCAAAGAUGGCCAAGCGUGUCUCGAUCACGACAGACAGUCUGGCGAAGGCGUCGGCGUUCAAGAAUACACCGCUCUUAAGCUGAAGGUCAAAGAGUGGUCUCCGUCCGCUAAGAAGGUUCUGGAUGGAAAGCUCUCCGAAGGCUCGAACGUCUACUUUAUUCCUGCUACUCUCCGUCCCGAAACCAUGUAUGGCCAGACCUGUUGUUUCGUCGGGCCUAACAUCGAUUACGGCAUCUUUAAAGUUUCUGAGAAUGAGUACUUUGUUUGCAGUGAGCGUGCUGCUCGCAACAUGUCUUUCCAACCUGGCAUCUUCCCCGAGUGGGCCCAAUAUCCACGAGCUGCGAGCUUCAAGGGAAAGGACGUCAUUGGCACUGUCAUCAAUGCUCCCCUCUCAGUUCACAAGGAAGGUGUCCGGAUCUUACCCAUGGAGACUGUCAAAGACACUAAAGGCACAGCAGUCGUUACUUGCGUGCCCAGCGAUUCACCGGAUGACUACGCCACUGUCACAGAUCUUGCCAAAAAGGCGGAAUACUAUGGCAUCCAGAAAGAGUGGGCUGAGCUAGAGAUCAUCCCAAUCAUUGACACCCCAUCAUAUGGCAACCUCACCGCAAAGAAGCUGGUCGAGGAACUCAAAAUCCAAUCUCCCAAAGACACCAAGAAUCUCGAAGAAGCAAAAGAAAGAGCCUACAAAGAAGGUUUCUACAAGGGGACAAUGAUCUACGGCGAAUUCAAGGGCAAACCCGUCGAACAGGCCAAAGACCUCGUAAAACAGCAGCUUAUCGAUUCUGGCGACGCUUUCAACUAUGCUGAACCAGACGGCAAGGUCAUCAGCCGAAGUGGAGACGACUGUGUGGCAGCUCUUCUUGAUCAGUGGUAUAUGAACUACGGAACUGCCGAGAAUGGAGGUGACGGCGAGUGGGCACAAGCUGUCCUCGAUCACAUCAACGGCGAGUUGAAUCUGUAUUAUCCCGAAGCUAAGCACGCAUUAAUCCAGGUUAUUGCUUGGUUAACUACCUGGGCUUGCGCACGAAGCUACGGUCUCGGAACGAAGCUGCCGUGGGACCACUCUGUCAUGGUUGAAUCUCUCAGCGACUCGACAAUCUACCAGGCUUACUAUUCCUUCGCACACUUGUUACACAAAGACCUGUUCGGCAAAGAAGUCGGUCCGCUCGGAGUAAAGCCAGAGCAGAUGACAGACGAUGUCUGGGACUAUGUCUUUGCACGUCGGGAUCGCAAUGAUUUUGACUUCAAGACUGACAUCCCCAAGAAGAGUCUCGAAGUCCUGCGCCGACAAUUCGACUACUGGUACCCUCUUGACAUGCGGACAAGCGGCAAGGACUUGAUUCAAAACCAUCUCACCUUCAACCUCUACGUCCACACCGCCAUCUUCGACUCAUCAAACUGGCCGCGCAGUUUCCGCGUCAAUGGACAUCUCAUGCUGAACGGAGAGAAGAUGAGCAAGAGCACGGGUAACUUCCUUACCGUCGAGCAAGCUGUUAGCAAGUUCGGUGCAGACGCUACUCGCAUUGCUCUCGCCGAUGCAGGUGAUGGCAUUGAGGACGCCAACUUUGAAGAAACUGUCGCCAACAGCAACAUCCUCAAACUCUUCGAGCUACGCAAGUGGUGUGAAGAAAUGGUACGCGAUGCGGUUAUCGUCGACGACGGCGAGAAAUACAAGCACGUCCGCGACAAUGAACGUAUCAAGAACGGCGAUACUAUUCAGCGCAAGUCUGGAAGCCCAAAGCUACUGUGGGACGACAUUUUCGAUAACGAGAUGAACGUUUUAGUUGCGGAGACGAAGCGCCAUUACGAAGAGACCAUGUAUAAAUCGGCCCUUAAGUCCGGAUACUACGACUUCACCGCCGCCCGGGACUUCUAUCGUGAGGUUACCAAGGCUGCGGGACUAGGCAUGCACGAGGGUCUUGCGAAACGUUACAUCGAACUGCAGGCCUUGCUUCUAACGCCUAUUGCACCGCAUUGGGCAGACUACAUCUGGCAGGAAGUUCUCAGCAAGUCGGACACUAUCCAGAACGCCUUGUACCCCGACGUUCCAACGGCGAUUCCUUCUCUUACUGCCGCUCGCGAAUACGUGCGCAUAACAUCGUCGAACAUCACAUCCGCAGAAGGCGCCCAAGUCAAGCGUCUCGCGAAGGGUAAAGUCGCGCUGUUUGAUCCCAAGAAAGACAAGAAAAUCACUGUGUUCGCGGCGAAGUCAUACCCGGAGUGGCAGAAGAAGUACAUUGAGCUCCUCCGCACGUCGUACCCCAACAUCGAUAUCAAAGCCUUGUCUAAAACUAUUGACAAGUCCGAGUCCAAGAAAGCAAUGCCGUUCAUCAAUGGCUUGAAGCGCCGCCUUGAUAACGGAGAGUCGAUUGACAAGGUCUUGAACCGCGAGCUGCCUUUCGAUGAACUAGCAACGCUAAAAGCCAUGGUACCAGGGUUGAAGCAGACCGUCCGCAACUGUGUUGCUGUGGAGAUUGUCUUGGUGCAGGAGGGUGGCAAGGAGGGAGUUGUGGUUAGUGCCGGGGAUGAGAAGCGGACUGACCUACCACCAAAUGCUGCCAAUGCGGAGCCGGGUUCCCCAUCGUUUGCUUUCGAGAAUGUCUAGGACUUCUUGGGUGCUGUCGGGAGUAGUGGGGAAUUUUCUGGGGCUAGAUAUGAUAGAUUAAUGAGACAUGAUGACACUGAUGACAGUGUUGUGAUA